GUGCGCGCAGGGUGUGUGUCGCUCGCUGUCUGCGUGAGAGCAUUAUCACAAAUCAGAGUGUCGGCGUCUGCAGGAGCUCACAGGGCAAGAGUUCACCGGUCUAUCCCUAACUCCGGGAGUUUUCUCUAACUUUGAUGAUAGCGGACCCAAGUUUAGUUUAGAGGGCAAGAAGAAGAAAACACCAGGAGCUUCUACGAGGGAGUCGCUGUCCGCAACAUAACUUCUGCCUUACUCAUGGAUUUAAGUUAAACCCGUCAAAGCAGCGGUGGAUAUGUCGAGCCGGUGUUAAAGACGCUGUUUUCAUUGACUUCCAGCACAGCGGGACGCUACGGGACGUUUCUUUUUUCCUGCGGGUAUUACAGAGAGAGAGAGAGGAAGGCCUGAGACAUGAUGUCCAUUGGAGCUGAUAGCUGACACUGUAGAAUGAGAGAGGAUGGAACAGACAGACAACCCUGCCCCUGAGAGUAACAGCCCUAAUGGGUUUGUCAACCGAGUGUUUAAUGUUUCUCUGGAUGUGGAGAAUGAGACGAGCAGUGUUUAUAUUCAGGAGACUGGGCCAGGGCCUGCAGAUGGGCAGGGAGUCACCCAGGCUGCCUCUCCUCAGACCCCUGUCAAGGACAGACAGGAGGUCAACCGGAGGCCCCGUGCUACAGGGGGCAUCUGGAAGAUCUUGAACCGCAAGAGAACUGCCUCAGAGCUGGAGCGCAGACCCCACUCUAUGAUCCUGCCAGGGGAGGCUUCCAUCCCUAAACUCUCAUUUGCUGACAAAGUUCGCUCUUUCAAAAAGCUGAAAUCUCCCUCUGUGUUUAGAGGAAAGACAGGGAAACUGUCCACUGCUAAAUUCGGCAGCUCCUUGGUGGAUGAAGAAUCUUUCUGCCACAACAUUGGCACUCCGCAACAGUCCAGUAGGGGCACACUUAAAAAUCGUGGCAAGAGGCAUUCAUAUGCUGGCUACACGGCAGAAUUUGACUGCUCGUUUGAAGACAUUGACCUGCCAGCUCCUAUUGACAGCCACCAGCCCACUGUGUUAGGAGAGGCUGUGACUCAGAAUGGUUGUAAACCACCAGAAAGAGUUUGCUAUACUAAAAGAAGCCACAACAACUCAACCAACUGUAAUAAAACAGCUGCAGGCUGUGAAGAGCCUGGGAUUAAAGGUUGCCCGAACACCCACCAGGGGAGAGGGAGGAGGCACAAAGAUGUUUGGAGUUACCUGAGGAGGAUUUCCCUUUUGGGGAAGGCCAAUCCUGCCUACUCAGAGAGGAGUUUUGACUCUGAGCUUCACUCUUUCGACAAGACCAUGGAAUCAGAUUAUGGUUCUGUUGACUUUGAGAGUGUCAGAGACUUUCAACCACCACCCCCUAAACACUCUGACACCAAGGGCCACUUUGGUGGGCUUUUCAAGUUUUUCAACAGUGUAGCAGAGACAGCCAGAAAAUGGCGGACAACAUCCCACUCCUUCACUCCUCCGGAGGGGGAUAGCACUCAGAUGAGCUCCCCACGGGCCCCACAGCGCACAGUGGACAACAUUCACAGUGUGUCUCUGACCCUUCACAGUGACGGACUUCCAAAAUCUCAGCCUAUUCCAUCGUCACCAGUGACCACUAAACCCUCACACUCCAGUAGCUUUGACAGCGAGGUUUCAGCAUCUGUGACAGUUGGACGAUCCCCUAAGGUGGUCCUGAAAGCCUUCAGGGCAUGCUCAGGACCCCCGGCUGUCAAUGGUCUUCAGAGUUCUAAUGGCACAGAUGAACAUUUAGACAGAGAGACAAACCAUAGGUCAACAGCCAUAGUAGAGAAUCAUAUCUCCCAGUCAAAACCAAACACAGAGACUAAAACAGGAGCAGAGGUUGAGAGGGAUCCAUUAAACUGUCUCUGUCAAGAGGAAAAGGUAGAGGGACAGACAGGAAAUGAGCAGGAUUCCAGGGAUGCUCCACCUGACUCCCACCAGAUGCAGGAUGUGAAUGUCCAAUCACAACAGGGUGAUAAAGAGAGCACAACCAAUAGUGUACCAGCAUCAGAUUCCACAGAGGAAAUAUUUAAGCUGUGUGAGCAGAUUGCCAGCCAGACAGGCAGCAGUGUAAGACAGCCGUGCCCAGCCGUGCCCCACUCUAGCACAGAGAAGACCUCUGUACCUCACAAGCCCAGGCGCCCUCGUCCUCGCCCGGCCUCAGCUGUACUGGAACCGUGGAGGCCCAACCCCGACCGAGAUCUCUACAACCAUUAUAGUGAGGUUGGCUCACUGUGCCGACGGAGACGCAGGCCUGCUCCUACCAUGCAUCACUCUCCAGGGCAGAGACGGACAGCUGCACGCUCCAGGCCUUGCUCUGUCAUAGAGACCAGUGUUACUAGGGAGACGCAGUCCACGGAGCUGCACCACAGAGCCUUGUCUCGCCCCCCGGGUGUGUCACCGUUAGAGCCCCCGCUCAGGGUGACUCUCCAGCGGUGCCGCUCCCUUCCGCUGCCCCCCAGUGCCCUCGCUGCAUUGGCAUUGCUCCUGCCUCCCUCAGACAUGGGUCAGUCAUCAUCGUCGGUGCGUCUGCGGUCUGGAGGCUCUGGUAGCUGCAGGAGGAGGAGGCUCUUGAGACCUGGUUCAGAACCACUGCAGGUCAACAUUUUGAUAAGUGGAGGUUCAAUCGUCAACGCUGAGGCGGUAUGGGACCAUGUGACCAUGGCGGACCGGGAGUUGGCGUUUAAGGCCGGUGACGUCAUCAAGGUGCUGGACGCCUCCAACAAGGACUGGUGGUGGGGCCAGAUUGAUGAGGAGGAAGGAUGGUUCCCUGCCAGUUUUGUACGGGUGGAACCCCACCCUCCUCAGCCCCAAACAAAACAGGUUUUCUAUAUCAACCCCAUAGCAACUCCACGGUUCCAAAACACCACGUCAAAGCUGUGGGUGAACCAGGAGGACGGAGGAGCGGAACCAGCCGAGGGAACCAGCGAGGUACAGAAUGGGCACCUGGACCCAACCAAUGACUGCCUGUGUCUGGGCUCGCCCCUCCAGAACAGAGACCAGAUGAGAGCCAACGUCAUCAAUGAGAUCAUGAGCACAGAGAGACACUACAUCAAACACCUCAAGGACAUCUGUGAGGGAUACUUGCGCCAGUGCAGGAAGCGUGUGGACAUGUUCAAUGACGACCAGCUGAAGGUCAUCUUCGGGAACAUCGAGGACAUCUACCGCUUCCAGAUGGGCUUUGUCAGAGACUUGGAGAAACAGUACAACACAGAGGAACCACACCUCUCUGAAAUCGGACCAUGCUUUUUAGAACAUCAAGAUGGUUUUUGGAUCUAUUCAGAAUACUGUAACAACCAUCUGGAUGCCUGUAUGGAGCUGAGCAAACUGAUGAGGGAUGGCAGGUACCAGCACUUCUUUGAGGCCUGUCGCCUCCUCCAGCAAAUGAUCGACAUCGCCAUCGACGGCUUCUUGCUCACCCCUGUCCAGAAAAUCUGCAAAUAUCCCCUCCAGUUGGCUGAGCUUCUCAAAUACACCGCGCAGGAGCACAGCGACUAUCGAUAUGUGGCAGCAGCGCUGGCAGUAAUGCGGAACGUCACUCAGCAGAUCAACGAGAGGAAGAGGAGGCUGGAGAACAUCGACAAGAUCGCCCAGUGGCAAGCUUCAGUUCUGGACUGGGAGGGGGAUGAUAUCUUGGACAGGAGCUCGGAGCUCAUCUACACUGGGGAGUUGUCAUGGAUCUAUCAGCCGUAUGGACGUAGCCAGCAGCGAGUCUUCUUCCUCUUUGAUCACCAGCUGGUCCUCUGUAAGAAGGAUCUGAUACGCCGGGACAUCCUGUACUAUAAGGGCCGCAUCGACAUGGAUCGCUACGAGGUGCGGGACGCCAUAGACGGCCGUGACGACGAUUUCAACGUCAGCGUGAAGAACGCCUUCAAAUUGUGCAACAAAGACAGCGAGGAGAUCCACAUCUUCCUGGCCAAGAAGCCAGAGGAGAAGAUCCGCUGGCUCAGGGCCUUCCACGAGGAGAGGAAGAUGGUGCAGGAGGAUGAGAAAAUCGGUUUUGAGAUCUCUGAGUAUCAGAAGCGACAGGCGGCCAUGACAGUGAGAAAGGUGACCAAACAGAAAGGUGUAAACAGGUGCACGCCCCCCUCAUACCCACCCCCGCAGGACCCCCUCAGUGUGGGGCAGUAUGAGGUAACGGAGGACAUGGCACAAGGAGAGGUUUUUGAAUUCAGUCAAUCCAAAAGAGGCCAGGCUCCUUUCUGGCAGAAUUUUAGUAGAUUAGCUCCAUUUAAGAAAUAGAGAUACACAGACUCUUCUGAAGGACCAGCUAUUUUUCUUAGAAGCACUAAACACUGGAUGAUCAUGAGGAAAAAUACGGAAAAAAAAAAAAAUCACACAUACACAAGAGACUUUGACGUUAAGGACCAAUGUUGAUAUAGAGUGUGACUGGAAGCAGCAAGAGGACUGAAGACUUGAGAAAUUGAGGAAAAAAAUAAAACUUUACAAUUCAUAUAUGUUAGUAACGUUCUUAGUUAUCACACUUCUCCAGCUGAGUCGACUGUCAUGAACUCUUUCCCUCGGAAUCUGCAUCUUCACGCCAUCUGAAUGUCCUGGAGUUAUCGAGAUUGUUCUAUUAUUUCAUUUUUCAAUCCAUCACCUGGAAAGAACGACGAGGCCAAGCCAGGGCAUUCCUAGUAGUAUGAUUGUGUCCAGAAAAGCUGAGAUCUUGCUGUGCUGCUAUGUGAGAUUACCGGUUGCAUUCCUCUGAAUGUGAGAGUGAAUAAUGACGGACCUCAGCUCACUUGGCUGCGGUCGUCUGAAGGAACUAUGAAGCUCUGCUGUCAGCAUCAUCUCUGAGUUCGAUCCAUUCUGCCACUGAUCACAGACCGGUCGGUCGGGCCGUCUCUGCUCCACCGGCGUCUGGAUCUCCCCCUCACUCUCAACACUCCAUACUCCCCUCCUUAGCUGUCCGUGUAUAGUAGCCCUCUCUUCACCAAGUCUGACGUUCGCACUGUUUCCCUCACUCUUUACAUCCCUCUUGUCCUCCUCUCUAUCUCUCUACCCACCUGCUCAGCCUCUGUGAGUCAGUGGCUCUCAGAGGAAGUGCUUCAUUCUGUUGGAAACCUGCCAUUGGCCAUGAUACGAUGGGUCAGGGAACAAAUCAAUAGUGAGAGCAUCAGUAGAAUAUUUGCAUCCUUUCACCAACCACUUUUGACAGGGUAUUCAUAACCGAUCACGCCGAGGGGCUGCAGGUUCGCGUAUUGACGGAGGGCUCACUGCUCAGAUGAAACAGCCGGGAGCAGGAGAUAGGCAGGCUACGCUCCACCUGCCUCGUGUCAGAGCCCCUCCCCACUCUCCCCAGAGACCACCCCUGUAGCACUGUGCUGGCAGCUCACUGGGUGUUUGGAAAGAGCACAGCCUACCUCCGGAUCUCCACUGAGAGCUAAAAGUGAAGUCGAUGCAUUGGCCAAGGUCUAAAAUGAUAUCUCUGUUUCACUGUCAGCUGUUAAAAAAACAAGGAAAGAAAAAAAAGACCUCUUCUUCAGCUGACUUAACUAUUUUGUAUUGCUCACAUUGUAAAAAGCACAGCACAUAUUCAGUCUGAGGAGUUUUUUUUCUCUCAGAUGCCACAGUGUGAAAAAUUAGAAUGAACCUUGACCAGCACGAGGGGGAGAUGGUCCCCCCCAAAAAAUGGCAGAAAUUCUAAACAAACUGGACAACCAUACUGUAUCACCUGGUUGUGAGGCAGCAGUGAAAGAGAGCAGCGCACUGCAGAAGUGCGAUCCAACACUACAGGGAGGCAGGAAGGUGAAGUCGAUCUGUAGCAUGCAGGUGUCCUCUGACAGAUUCAUGCGUCCCUAAAGACUCCAGCCUCGAAAAUCUUGGCCCUCCCUCCAUCCCCCGUCACAUUGCUUUUUCCAGAUCUGAUCCAUGUUCUGCCAGUUAGCUCAGCGCCGUUAAGUGAUUUCACAGAGGACUGUGGCCCGAUCAGAUUGAUUUGUUUAGCAUCAACAAUGCCCCCUCCCACCCCCGCCCUCUCCCACUCUCGCCCCUGAAACUGCUGUGAGCGAGGUCCCCGUGCUCCUUAAAGAGAAGAGAACCGACUAAUUUACACACAUCAUGAAGGGGUAUUCUUUUCUACAGUUGGAAUGUAAGUGACACAUCUGUCCUUGGUUUGUGCUCAUAUUUUGACCUCAGAUACAGAAGUACAUUUUGUGUUGAAUUAUAUCACCUGAUGGACAGUACAUAUACAGUAUGACAACUUGUGCAAUGUGAUAUAUCAUUAUAUAUCUUCACUAUUCACUACAACGUGAUAUGAAAGAGUUAUAUAUCGUUCUAUGUCAUUUGUUUGCCUUCUUAUAGGCCUUAUAACCUAUUUGGAAAAAAAGACCUUAUAGAAUUGCUUUGUAUGUUGUGUAAUUUAUGUUCUGUUUCAGUAAAGAAAGUUGAGAAACGGG